AUGUUAGGCCUUCUCCUGAUCGCUAGUCUUCUCGGUGUUCUGGAAUCAGUUGAUAUUCUUCUUCAAACCGAUGCCAUGUGUGGUUUGAAUACACAUUGGUGUGCAAUAGAAUUUGUCUUGGAACAUGACAAAGGGUGGGUUAGACUUCGCAUUUACAUGAAAAUAAAUGAAAGGAUAAUUUUCAGAAUUGGGAAAUUGGCUAACUAUGACUUGGUUAAAAUCUUCAAAAGAAAAUGCUCAGAUUUAAAACACAUAAAUUUUGCAUACAGAUUUAAUUUAAAGGAUGGUGAUGGUUAUAUUUCUGAGAACCGAAGUUAUGAACUUCACAUUGGUUUUCGUCAUAAUUGCACAAAAGAUGGAGCAAUUUAUGAUUACAUCGCUUCAAAGGAAUCCCCAACAUUUUCGCAGAAAAAACUCGAUAUUUCAUAUAUCUCAAAUGUUCAAGGACAGGGUGCGGAAUAUGAGAGAAAUAGAUACAAAGCUUGGAGAAGAACAAAGUUCACGAAUUUACGCAUCGAGUCUCUUGAGGGUUUUCAAUUUGAGGUUUUGGAUAAUUGA